CUCCUCCUCUGCCUUUGUCGGUUGUGUUUUAGUAAGAGAACUUGUGAUAACUUUUGCGGUGUGUCACCGGACUGCAGAAUGGGCGGCUCUGCUUCAACCAUUUCUUACGACUCCACCUGGGAGGAGGAGGAUGAAGAUGACAGUAGUGCAGCGACAGAGAGGUCUUCAGUGUGUAGCAAAGAAGUGCUCUACCCCAAGGCACAAGAGACACCCAGAAACCGGAAAGAAAGAAAGCCUAAACAAUACCAGUAUAUGUUUUCUGACGCUGCCCGGAAUAUGCAGGACUACAGACACGGAUUCCAGCCUUUAGGUUCCACUUACCAGAGUAGCCCGGAUGAGAUGCCCAAUCUGAUGUUUUACAAAAACCAGAUGCAGUUCAGGCCAAAUGGUUUGUACAUAGAGGACCUGCUUAGGAAUUGGAAGGAUCGGUAUGACAUACUAGAGGAGAAUCAUGACUACAUUCAGUGGCUGUUUCCACUUCGACAACCAGGCAGGAACCCACAUGCCACUCCUCUGCAUGAAGAUGAAAUUGAGAUGAUGAAGAAUGAUGAAGAAGUCAAGAGGAGGCUGUGUGAGGCGUAUAAGCUCAUGUUAGGAUUCUAUGGCCUCCAGCUAUUGGAUGAGAGUAGUGGGAGAGUCGGUCUAGCACAGAAUUGUCAGGAAAGAUUUAGGAAUCUAAACAGUAACACACACAACAACUUGCGGAUUACCCGAAUAUUAAAGUGUCUGGGGGAGAUGGGCUUUGAAAGAUUCCAGGCCCCACUGGUGAGAUUUUUCCUGAAGGAGACCCUGUGUAAUGGCAAUCUACCAAACGUGAAAAUAAGUGCUUUGGACUAUUUCAUGUUCACCGUGAAGGACAAGAAACAACGCCGAAACCUGGUGCACUUUGCUUGGGUGCGCUACAAACCACAAAAUAGGUUUAGAUGGGGGCCCGUGGAGAAACUCCGGCAGUUCAAUCCUCCUCUAGAAAAUGAAGAACAAGAUGAUGAGGUUGACAUUUCAGAAGAGUUAAAAACACCAAUGAUACCCUCGAAGAAGGACAGCUCAGAAGGUUACUAUGCAAAAGACAAGGAAAUUGCAAGAAGGGAGCCAAAGAAUAAGAGAGAAUAUGGCUUAGUUAGGAGAACAGUGGAUUAUGUAUUUAUGUUUUGUUUCAGAUUGUUGUUUAGCCCCUUUCUGGUAUUUGGCAGAUUAUUUGGGCGUUUUAGUUCCUUUUUUAGAGGCGGCAUCUCCUGGUUUAGAAGAAUGGCAGGAAAUGAAGACAGAUCAAAUGAAGAACAAAUCAGUGUGAAAACAGAAGGCACUAGGACUGAAAAAACAAAAUCAGAACGUUUAUUAACAGAUCCUGAAACGCAAAAAAGACAAGAAGCAGAAUUUAAAGCGUUGAAUGUAAGUGCUGAUGUGAAAACUGAUAACAGUAUAGAUGAGAGUGAAAUGGAAGCCAAACUAAAAACAGAGGGUAAUGGCAGCAAAUGUGAAAGUAUUCCAAAAGAUGGCAUGGGAUCAGGAGAUAGAAAAUCCUUGGUCAACAUCGAAAUGCCAAAAAAUAAACAGGCCAAAGAAGAUGAUAACAAUACAGAAAAUAAAGGCGAUUCAAGAAAUGUUAUGAAAUUAAACGAGGGUCAGACUUCAGAAAAUGAUAGAUUAGAAGGGGCCGAAAAAUGUAGUGUGAAAGAAGAUAAUGCAGGGAAUGGUAAGGUUUCAGGUGGGGACAGAGAGCAUGGCGGGACACAGAUAGCUAAUGCAGGGAACCAAAAAGGGGAAACAAAAAUAUACAAUUGGAAUAGUAAAGAUGAAGAUGCAUCCAGAGUGAAACUUGUUCCACUGUUCAGUGGAGGGGGGGAUGAUACUCAAGGGGCAAAGAUUAUUCAAAUAGAAGACCAUACAGAGACAUCGACUGUGUGGUUAGGGGACAAUGAUGGAGGGAUAAUUAGGACCCAAAAAACACUGUCUCAGAAAGACAAAACAGACCAGGUUGAAAGAGAUUAUACGAAAAACAAGGAUGAAGAAGCAGCCAAUGCAAAUCUAUCACCACAGUUUGGUGAAGUAGGAGAUGAAGAUGAGAACCCAGGGAUUAGUAAAAUAGAUGACAGUAGAGGAACAUUGGUUCUGGGGUCAGGAGACAAUGACGGAGGGAAUAUUGGGGCACAAAACACGAUGCUUGAGACAAACAAAACAGAACAAGUUGAUAGAGAUGACGGGAAGACCAAGGAUGAAGAAGCAGCCAAUGUGAAACUAAAACCACAGUUUGGUGAAGAAAAAAACCCAGGUACUCAUAAAAUAGAAGACAAUAGAGAAACAUUGGUUCUGGGGUAAGUUGACAAUGGCGAAGGGUAUAUUGUAGCACAAAACACAUUGCUUGAGACAGACAAAACAGACCAAGUUGAUGGAGAUGAAGGGAAGAUCAAGGACGAAAAAGCAGCCAAUGUGAAACUAUCACCACAGUUUGGUGAAGAAAAAAAUCCAGGGACUCAUAAAAUAGAAGACAAUAGAGAAACAUUGGUUCUGGGGUCAAGGGACAACGGUGAAGGGAAUAUUGGGGAAAAAAACACAUUGCUUAAGACAGACAAAACAGACCAAGUUGAUGGAGAUGAAGAGAAGACCAAGGAAGAAAAAGCAGCCAAUGUGAAACUACCACCACAGUUUGGAGAAGGGGGUGAAGAUAAAAACCCAGGGACUCAUAAAAUAGAAAACAAUAGAGAAACAUUGGUUCUGGGGUCAAGGGACAACAGUGACGGGAAUAUUGGGUCACAAAACACACUGCUUGAGACAGACAAAACAGACCAAGUUGGUGGAGAUAAAGGGAAGACCAAGGACGAAAAAACAACCAAUGUGAAACUACCACCACAGUUUGGAGAAGGGGGUGAAGAUAAAAACCCAGGGACUCAAAAAAUAGAAAAUAGAGGAAUACUGGUUCUGGGGUCAGUUGACAACGAUGGGGGGAAUAUUGGAAUACAAAACACAUUGCCCGAGAUAGACAAAACAGACCAAGUUGAUGGAGAUGAUGGGAAGACCAAGGAUGAAGAAGCAGCCAAUGUGAAACUAUCACCACAUUUUGGUGAAGAA